GCUCUAGAUGUAAUAACAGGCUGUGGUGCGUUCAGGUGCUCUAGAUGUAAUAACAGGCUGUGGUGCGUUCAGGUGCUCUAGAUGUAAUAACAGCUGUGGUGCGUUCAGGUGCUCUAGAUGUUAUAAAAGUGUGUUGUGCGUUCAGGUACAUAAGCUUCUGAUCGUGGUGGAGCUUCUUCUCGGAGAGAUUCCUGACCGGUUGCAGUACACACAGCUGAUACACCUGAAGAGGUCUCUGAUGCCGUACUUCCUACUGACUCAGGCGGUGCGGAUGGGGAACCUGGCGAAGUUCAACCAGGUGCUGGAGGAGUUCGGAGAGAAGUUCCAGACGGACGGGACGUACACUCUGAUCAUCCGCCUUAGACACAACGUCAUCAAGACCGGUGUGCGUAUGAUCAGCCUCUCGUACUCUCGUAUCUCUCUGGCGGACAUCGCUCAGAAGCUGCAGCUCGACAGCCCCGAGGACGCAGAGUUCAUCGUCGCCAAGGUAACUGGGGAGGAAACUCUUAACCUGUUAAGCCUGAGAGGGCCCUAAUCCGGAUCCGGCGGG